AGAGAAACAUGGAUGAGAAGUCUUGAUUUUAUUAUUACUUGUGUAGCCUGUACUGUGGGUUUUGGAAAUAUUUGGAGGUUUCCGUAUCUCUGUUACAAAAUGGGCGGAGGUGCCUUUUUGAUACCAUAUAUGAUAGCAGUGGCAACUGUUGGUUUUCCUAUAAUGUAUCUAGAGGUAGUGGUGGGACAGUAUAUGAAACAGAGUGCUAUCGGAAUGUGGAAAAUAUGUCCUCUUUUUAAAGGCCUUGGAAUUUUAACAGCAGUGUUUUCGUAUGGAGAAACAGCGUACUAUAUGAUAAUAUUUGUGUGGUGUUUGAUGUAUCUCGGAACAUCCUUUCACAAUCCUUUACAAUGGACUCAUUGUAAUAAUACAUGGAACACACGGAAUUGUUCUGAGUUUGUUUUCAAUACGUCAGAAAGGGUGGAAUGGAAUGCCACUAGUUCCAUACUUAACAUCACAAACGUUAGUCCGGCUAUUGAAUUCUGGAGACAUUAUGUAUUAGAAAUAUCUAGUCUUGAAGAAUCAGGUAGUGUUGUUUGGAAAUUGUUAGUUUGUCUUAUAGCACUGUAUGUUCUAGUGUAUAUCUGUAUGUGGAAGGGAAUGAUAUGGCUCCCAAAGGUUUCAUAUAUUACUGGAACUCUACCUUAUUUACUACUAACAGUUCUACUGGUAAUGGGAGCAACGAAAGAAGGGGCUUUAAAUGGAAUUGUGUAUUAUCUAAACCCUGAUUUAAAUAAAUUGUUAAGCUUGGAGGUUUGGUAUAGUGCAGUAUGCCAGGUUAUGUUUUCCUGUGCAAUUGGUCUUACUAUCUGGCCAGCUAUGGGCAGCUACAAUACAUUUCAUCAGAACAGUUAUAGG